AUGGCGGACGUGCCGCUGCUGGUCAUGUCGGAGAACGCUGUGUCGGAGCGGCGCAUCACGCCGUCCUGGACGAUCACGCAGCUGCGGGCGCGGCUCGAGCCCAUCACGGGGAUCCCGCCGUCGUUCCAGGUGCUGCACCUGCUGCCGCCGAACAGCAGCGGCAACAGCGGCCGAGGACAGAAGCUGGCGAUCACGGCAGCCGACGAAGACACGGUACAGCUGGCGCAGUUUCCGCUGGCGCCGUACGCGGAGCUGCACGUCGGCGACACGCGGCCGCCGGGCGCGCGACCCAACUUUUCCGACGUCAGCGGCGUGGACAAAUACGUGAUGCCAGCCGAGGAAUACGCGGCCAAGACGGACUCGGUGCUGGCCUGGAAGAAGGCCCAGCAGCUCGGCCGCUUCGACCCACACGCGCCCCAGCACAUCCGCGCGCGCAUCGCCGCCUUUGCCGCCGACGCCGUGUCGCGGGGCAUCGCCGUCGGCUGUCGCUGCCGUGUGGCCGGCGAUGACACCCGUCGGGGCGUCGUGCGCUAUGUCGGCGAGGUGCCCGAGAUCGGCGGCAAGGACAAGGACAACAGCGCCAACAUCGCCGUGGCCGGCACCUGGGUCGGCGUCGAGCUGGACGAACCCAUCGGCGGCAAGAACGACGGCAGCAUCGGUGGCACCCGGUACUGGGGCGAGGCACCGGCACCCGGUCAGGAACCUACGCUCAAGCGAGGCGUCUUUGUGCGGCCGGACCGUGUCGACGUCGGCGACUUUCCCGCGCUCAACGAGCUUGAGGACAUGGAGGAGAUCUGA